AUAGAACCCCAUGUGUGAUUAUUUAAUUCUCUGUCGUAUGGACACUUCAUUCACCCAAUUAUUUUACAAUUAUACUCCUUCAGUUUCGCCAUUCAGCCAUUCCCUUGUGUAAAGAUUAUCCGCGUGAUUGGUGAUUCCAACAGUUCAUCUAGAUUGUAGAGUAAAAAUGGUAAAGCUAACAGUGAGAAACAUACUUCAAAUUCUUUUUGUUGAAAUUUCCUUACUCCUCCUAAUCCUAACAGCAAUUUCUGCUUUCUCACCCAAUAUUGUCAAAUCCAUACCUGGGUAUCCGGGCGACCUUCCAUUUUAUCUUGAAACUGGGUAUGUUGGGGUAGGAAAAGAUGAAGAAGUGAAGCUAUUUUACUACUUUAUUAAGUCGGAGAGAGACCCUGAAAGAGACCCGCUUAUGCUGUGGCUCACUGGAGGUCCUGGUUGCUCUGCUUUUUCCGGACUUGUUAUAGAGAUUGGUCCUCUGAUGUUCAAUAAUUCUGCUUGCGAUUGGCACUCGAAAUCACCAACGUUUCAGUUAAAUCCGUCUUCUUGGACAAAGGUAGCUAGCAUUAUAUUUCUGGACUCACCCGUUGGCACAGGCUUCUCUUAUGCUACAAAUCCAGAAGGUUACUACAGUGAUGAUAUUACAGCAUCACGGCAUAUAUAUCAGUUUUUGACAAAGUGGCUUGCUGACCAUGCUGAAUUCCAUAAUCAUUCGCUUUACGUUGCGGGGGAUUCCUAUAGUGGCAGGAUUGUCCCUGUUGUUGUACAAGAGAUUUUCCAGGGAAACAAAGUUGGAUUUCAGCCUUUUAUGAAUCUCCAGGGAUAUGUUCUUGGAAACCCAUUAACAUGGAAGGAGGAUGAAACGAAUUCCCAUUCACAAUUGAAUUAUGAUCACCGCGUGUCUCUUUUAUCGGAUGAGCUCUAUGAGUCAACCAUAAGAAGCUGCAAUGACGCUUAUCAGGACGUGGACAUGGAUAAUAUUAAUUGCACACUUAAUCUUCAAGCUAUUUCAUAUAACCUGGACCCGUUGUUUGAUGCUCAUAUCUUAAAACCGAAAUGCAUAUCAGAUAAAACAUGGUGCCAGGAGAGCAUAUAUGGGCUAUUGUAUAACUGGGCUAAUGACAUACAAGUUCAAGCAGCUCUUCACAUUCAAGAGGGUACCAAACGCUAUUGGAUAAGAUGUAAUAGAACUUUAGCAUAUGAAUACAACGUUCGAAGUACCGUUGGUUACCAUCAAAAUCUGACACAAGAGUUCCUCCACGCGUUGAUCUACAGUGGUGACCAAGACAGGAAGGUAUCAUAUGUGGGAAUUGGAUGGAUUAAGAUGCUAAAUAUUUCAAUUUCGAUAGAUUGGAGGCCAUGGUUUGUCAAUGAUCAAGUUGCUGGGUACACUACAAGGUUCUCAAAUGACCGUUAUAAUCUAACAUUUGCUACUGUGAAGGGAGCGGGACAUACUGCUCCAGAGUAUAAGCGUGCUGAAUGCUUCAACAUGUUGAUGAAAUGGUUAGAAUCGCAUCCACUCUAGUACGAGAGUACCAGGUAAUCAAAUGGAGAUUUUGGCACAUGAAUGGAAGGGAGAAGAGGAAAAAACGAGAAUGCGGUUUGAGUUAUGAAAUAAAGAAAGAGGAAUUGUUCGCUUUUGUUGAGAAACUGUAUUCCAGUUGGUGUGUAUGCAUUUAUUUAAUUUUUUAAUGGAAACUCAUGAAAUUGCAGUUGGUGUCAUGGUGUGUAUGCAUUUAUUUAAUUUUUUUUAUGGAAACUCAGGAAAUUGUAAUGUUGAUAAUUUAUUUUGUAGUUGGGGUAUUUACGUUAUUAAGGGUUGACAGCAAAGGGUCAGGACUCAGGAGUUGCCGAGUUAA